AUGAAUUUUUUACAAAUUAUAAUAUUUUUAGUAGCACUUAAAUCCACAUUUUGUGGAAGUCCAGAAGCUUAUUUGACAUUUUGCCGCAAAUAUUUUGACAUUUUUGACUCAAAUUUGAGGUAUUUUGAGUCGUCGUGCUUUGUGGACAUAACAGUCAAUUGGGAUACAGCAAAGAGGAUCUGUGAAGCCAACAAUAUGAUUUUAAUGCCAAAUAUCAACGUUGCUGUUCAGGACAGUAUUCUUAGAACAUCAAGUCAAAUUUAUGGCACAGAUCGUCCAAAAACAAUUUGGAUAAAUGGCAAUAAAGCAGUUACUGGGAACUGGACGAUCUAUACAGGCACAAAUUCACAAAGAUAUCAAUGGUCUGGUCGUCUGGCGUGGGCUAAUUCAACAGCUCAAAACUUAGGAAACUGCAUGACAGUAACAAACAGCAAUGGACAAUUUAAAAUAUCAAGCAGUGACUGCCAAAGUGAAUAUUCAUUUAUUUGUAGUUUUAACAGAACAAUUAUUUAG